UCCGCUUUUCAGUCUUCAGUCGAGUCGCGAAAGUCGUCGAGUGCGUUUGGUUGCCGUUCGUCCGCUCGAUCGUCGGCAGUCCAGCUCUAAAGAAAAACCAAACCACUAGAAAAAAAUUGGAAAUAAAAAACAGAAAUCUCUCUCCCUCAGUGAAUAAGAAAGAAGAAAAGCUGCUGAAGAAGGUGAACAAACAAAACUAAAAUACAAACAAAAAUAAAAGCAAAUCAUCAUUAUCAUCAUCGUCAUUGGUAUCGUCAUUCCACAAUUCACGAAAUUUUGUGCGCGCAGUCGUCGUUGUCGUUAUGCAAUUGAAGUGCGUUCAUAAAAUGCCCAGAUAGCAACAAUUUCAGUUUAAUUAAUUUCCGAGGAAUUAGAAAUUUUUAUAAGAUUUCGUACCAGCCACUGAGCAACUAUAACAACAAAAAUUUAAAAAACCAGAGAUCUGCGAGUUUAAUAGACGCAUAAAUACUGUUGGACAAAUCGCUUUCGUUUCGUUUCGUUUCUCGAUGUCAAAAAUAAAUGCCAAAUUAAAUAUUAAAAUUAUUGCAAACUCGUUUACCACCAGUCGCAGACAACAAAUACAACAACAACAAUAAUAAUAACAACAACAAAAAAAGUGAAAUUAAUAAAGUGAAAAGCAACACACACGUUUGGCAUUAUAAAAUCGAGCGAAAAGGAAUUGUAUUAGAGUCUCAAUUACAAAAUCAAUAUAAAUAAUAAUAGAAAAUCAUUGUUACAGCAUUUUUUUUAUUUAAACUAGCAUAGCAGCAUAAAGAAAAUAAAUACAAAUAAAAGCAACGCGAGUUCGAGGCAAACACUUUUCCUCUGCGAAUACGUAAUCAUUGGGAAAAUAUCAGCAAUUUUGCAACAGUUUCGACACAACAACAACAACGUCUGUUGCAGCGGCAAAAACAGCAAAAACAAAAGUAAUUGAGCAGAAAGAGGACAGAGACCCCGUCAAAAAUUACACAAGAUGGUGUCGCGUCGAAAAAUUCUAUCACGUUCCCGCGAUGAUCUUAAUCUCGACCAGACAUUCACCCAGCAGGAGGAGGAGGAGGAUGUCUGGUAUCAAAAGGAUAAACUAUACAAGGAACACAUUCAGGAAGUGCUGGACAAGUGGACCCAAAUCGACGACGAAAUCUGGGCCAAAGUGAUCGUUUUCGAGCGGAAUCGGCGCGUGGCCAAGGCGUACGCACGGGCUCCGGUGCUGACCAUCAAUGGGUCCGACGAUGGCUUCGACGGCAUGCGAAUUGGACUUUGCGGCUUCGACAAUCCGAUGAGGGAUCAGAAGACCGACGAACUGAAGCGCGUCAUCGGGCAGGGUGUUAAAAUAAAAAUGGAUGAUGCUGGCAACAUACUAAUCCGACGUUAUGCCAAAAGUAAUGUCUAUGUAAAGAGCACCGCCAGCAGUCCCAACGAGGAGACCUCCAUCGGUGCCGAAAUCUUGAAGCUGCCCAACCAGGCGCUCGAAUCAGAAAAAAUAGUCAAGCUGUUCGACAUGAAGAAGUUCCAGUCGAAUGUCAAUCGUGAAUUACGUCGCGCUUAUCCAGAUCGCCGGCGUCUGGAGACACAGUGUCUCUCCUCGGUGGCCUUUGUCAAGUCGGAGAACGAUGUCCUGGAGUGCCCCAUUUGGGUGCUCAUUGUCAAUGUGGUGGCCAUGGAUAUGCUUAAGAGCAAACUGCCACCAGUACAACGUCCUAUUGUGGACAUCAAGAACCGCCCGCGCAUUCCGAUUCCUGAUGAGGAUCCCUAUAGCGUGGCUGGUAACGGAAGUGGUGGCAGUUCCGGCAGCUCGGGCUUUGGCAGUGGUCACCAGUCCCAGUUGCAUCCACAGCAGCAACAGCAGCUGGGUAAGCUUCUGAACAACGGAAGCAGCGGAGGACAUGUGGCCGCCACCCGGGAACAGUUGCUCCUACAAACGCAGCAACUAGCCCACAAACGAAGCGAGAAGCCGCCCAAACUGCCACCCCGGGAUAAUGUUUACUCACACGAUCUGAUUCCCAAGCCGGAUUACGAUGACAUUGAUUUGGAAACUCGCAUUAAACUGUCACGCGGCAAAUCGGACAAGGGCAAAGAUAACAAGAAAUAUGAUGAUCCCUACUACUGCGGACUGAGGGCCCGCGUUCCGAACUUUGUGAAAUCCGGAAAAUCAAACAACAACAAGGACCAACGAGACGGCAAUGGAAACAACAUCUCCAAUGGUGGCAUGAGCACACUUAGCCAGAAGAAGACCUCGAUGAUCCACAACCACCUGGCGGGCAUGCAUCCCCAUUCGCACCACAUCCAGCAGCAGCAACAACAGUUGAUGGCAGCCGCGGCUGCGGCGCAUGCGGCGCACCACCAUUCGGGUCACCAGCAGCAGCACCACCAGAUUUGGCAGACUCGCAGCUAUGAGAGCGGCAUAGGUAUUUAUAAACAGGGUGGGCUCAAAACGCAUGCACUGCAAAUGCAAAUGCAACUGCAACAUCAUCAGCAACAACCACAGUCACUGCCAACGGACUUAACAGCAACAGCAACAACUGAAAAUGCAACUGCAACAGCAACUGCAUCAAACCAGACACAAAGCACUGCUAACAAAUCACGUAGCCACAUGCAACAGCAACAGACGCAGCAGCAACAUUUGCACCCACAUCCGCAUCCGCACUCGUAUUCGCACGCACAUCCGCACCACAGACACCAUCAGCACCAGCACCACCAUCACCAACACCAGCGUAGCCAUCAGUGCGAGCGCCACUCCCGACUCCAGCAGCAACAGCUGCAACAUCAACAGCAGCAACAGCAACAUCAGCAGUCGCAACCCUUCUACGACAAUCUUGAGGAUUCAGUUUGCCGCCAGGUGACCAGGCGGUUGUCCACACGCCGUGCACUGGCCUCGGAGGGAACCUCCACUUCCUCUUGCAACUGUGUAAGCUGCUACGCCCUGGCCCCUCUGUGUGGAGCGGUUCCACCGCCACGUCCUCAGAGAAGCCUCAGCCAGCAGCAGUUGAGACGCCAUCAGCGGCUCAGUGGAGUGGCCCAGCCGGAAUUACCCAUCGGCGGUGGCUUGGUGAAGUGGUGCAGUGAGAGCGAUGUCUCGGUGCUGGAGAUGGAACCAUCCCAUAACGAACGCUACGACGAUUGCUACGCGUACGAUGACUUUGACCUGGACUUUGACCUGGACUCUGACCUGGCAUUGACUCGCCAACCAAUUCCACGCCGGCGCAGAGCCACAGAGACGGUGGACCUUUAUGCGGAUCGAUCCCAUCUGCGACAGCAGCAGGCGCCGGCGGUGCUGCGCCACAAGUCGCAGUCUACCGAGAGCUUUUUCGAGCAGCCGAACGAGGAGGGCUCCCUCUAUAUGUACGGCGGUCGAAAACGCAUUGCGGUGAAGGCGCCAUCGGCGGCCAACAUCUAUGACCGGGUGCGCGGAUCCACGGACUCGGACAGAGAUAGGGAGAGGGAGCGGGAGCGGGAAAGGGUCAGGGAAAGAGGAGGACACUAUGGCAUAUUGAGCCCAAAUAGAAGCCGCAAGACGCCACCACAGCUGCCAGCACCGAGCUGGCGAGGCGGCAAGCGACAGGAGCAGGCUCAAAACGCUGACAAAAGACGUUAUGACAAUGCCACCGGCAAUAGCAAUAUUACCAAUAGCAAUAGCAACAACAACAACAAUAAUAUCCAGCACAAAAGACAACUAACGAACGCCAAGCAAGACAAUGACGACAUGUUGAAAAACAAAAAUUAUUUCAAUAGUAAAAACAAAAGUAUAGCAACAACAGCAGCAUCUAAAGCCUCAACAGCAGCGAAAGCGACAGCAACAGCAUCAGAAACCGCAGCCCCAGCAUCUGGCGGAGGUGGAGGAAAAGCAACCGGCGCAGGAGGAGGAGGAGGAGGAGGAGCAGCAGCAGCAGCAGGAGGAGGAGUCGGCCCAACAAUGAGCAAUAGUCCCGGGCAGACGAACAAUGCCCCGCCACCUCCUCCUCCGUCGGGAGCAAGAACCGGGCGCAGUACCAGCCGCCUUGACAUCAGCGACAUGGAGUCCAUUUAUGGCUACCUUAAACCGCGCAAGCCGCGCAGCCUCAGCCUGAAGAAAAUCCAAAUACUCGACUACUGAAUGGACUGAAUUUAUUUGGGGUUGCUCGAAUUCGAAACGAGGUUAUAUGGCGCACAGACUCCGAUAUUAGUUAUUGUUUUUGGUUGCCCCCUGUUUUGGGUCGGAUCGGGUCGGGUUGGAUCGGUCAGAUCGAUUGCUGUACAUACCACAAACGCACAAUGGUUUACCUUAAUGCCCGGUGAACUGAACCACUAAACUGUACGAUAUUUAUACUAACUUGCACCUUGGACUCCUUAUAGCCUGGACAGCCACGACACCACUUUGUACAUACACACUUUUGAGAUUGGUUCGUUUUCCAAAACAAGAAAUCAAAAUUUUUGAUUUUAAAUAUAAUUUUAUUUAAAAACGAACCAAUCUCCUACGCAUAUUCGCAUUCAUAAUCCCAAACCAAAAAGUCCCUAAAUACCAGUUGCUAACC